CAGUCCACCUGCUUGCGGUUCGAUUUAUGUGGUCUACUCAAUUUUGGCUCCCUCUUACGAAAGCCAAAAAUUGAGCUGUCUUUUGGCUCCCUCUUAUAAGUGCUUAACUCUCUCUAACCUUUUUUUCUAUCAUUUUCUUUAACUUGUUUUCGUCAUUUCCUCAUAACUUAAUAAAUGUCACACACUAAAUUGUCAUCCACAAAAUUUUAGAUGGAUCCAAAUUACCAGUCCACCAAUUGAAAAACGGACAAAGAAUUACUUAGCUUGUGUCAAUAAAAAAAAAUAUAUACUUAGUUUGUUGAUCCAUUUUUUUCCUUUCAUUUGAUCAUCCACAAUCAGAAAAAUGGCAGGCAUUGCAGCUAGUGGAAUAGUUCUUGAACCACUAACAAGAGACAACUACGAUAACUGGAGCUGUUUGGUGAAAAACUAUCUUGUGGGGCAUGAUCUGUGGGGCGUUGUUGUUGAACCGAUUCCUACUGCUGACGAAAGAGAUCAGAUAUGGAAGAUGAAGAAUGGGAAGGCUUUGCAUAUUAUUCAACUAGCAUGCGGAUCUGAGAAUCUUGCACAUAUUACACAUUUUCAUACUGCCAGAGAUGCUUUCAAUUAUUUUCGUGCAGAAUCUUAUACCAGGGAAUCGAUAUUCCAAUCAGAUAUUGAGCAAGGUGUGGUAGAUGAUAGUCUCCAUCAAUAUAAAUCACUCCAUAGAUUUAUUGAGAGCGGUAAUUGGAAUGAUGCAAAAGCAUUCAUGAAAAGGGAUGAAACAUCUAUGUUUUCUAAGUCUUCUUCGGGAAGGACCAUUGUACGCAUUGGCACGCAUUGGCACGCAUGCCUCAUGUAUUCCCAAGUAGCAGCACAUAUGGAUUUAUCCAAGGAUUCCUUUACAAAGUUUUGAGAUUACCCGAAGAGCAUUACUUACAUCGGAUAAUUACGACUCAAAAGGGAAAACAACUCAAAACAUAUUUCGCAGGUCGAAGGGCAGGUCAAAUACUUAAACAUAUUAUCAUCUUAUUUCAGAAUUUAGUGUUAUUAAAGUUGUCAGGAAUAAGAGAAAUAUAUAAUCAGAAAAUAAACCACCGUCGAGUCCUUGAAAUAUUAGAUUGCUGGUCCGAAAAAAUUCAAGAAUUUAAGGAAUCUGAACCGAGAGAGGCUUCAGCAUUGGAUGCAAUGUUGCAGGCAGCUAAGAAUGGAAAUAUUGAGUUCAUAGAUGCAAUGAGGAAAGCUAACCCUGACUUGUUAUGGGCCAUUGAUAAAAAUAGAAGAGGCAUAUUUUCACAUGCAAUUUUGAACCGUAGAAAAGCUGUUUUCCAACUCAUACAUGACCCAACUGUAAUUGGAUCUAAUGGACCAAUGGAGAUUGUUAGCUCUAGAAAAGAUGUAUUUGGUAAUUCGUUGUUGCAUCUGGCAGGAUAUUUAGAGCCUUCCUGUAGUCAACGCAGAUAUAGUCCAGCUCUGCAAAUGCAAAAGGAAAUUUUAUGGUUUAAGACAGUGGAAUCAGCAGUGCACCCCAAGUAUAAGGAAGCCAAAAACAACGAAGACAAAACUCCUCGUGAGGUAUUCACCGAAAAUCACGAGAAGCUAGUGAAAGAAGGGGCAACAUGGGCAAAAGAGACAGCAGAAUCAUUUACACUUGUGGCUACACUUAUCACAACCAUCAUGUUUGCUGCAGCUUUCACUGUCCCUGGUGGAAACAAUCAAGACAGUGGAAUUCCCCUCUUCUUAAAGGACAAAAUGUUUAAUGUGUUUAUAAUAGCAGAUGCAAUAUCUCUUUUCACUUCAUCAACUUCAGUCCUUCUCUUCAUUGGAAUUCUCACAGCGCGUUUUGCAGAAAAGGAUUUCCUAAAGUCUUUGCCGCUUAAGUUAUGUUUCGCCAUCUUUGCACUUUUUCUCUCGGUGGUGUCUAUGAUGGUUGCUUUCUGUGCUUCACUUGCCAUGCUCUUGAAGGGAAAUCAAGGAGUCAUAAUAACAACAAUUUCAUUAGCCAGUAUUCCUGUUAUUGUUCUUGUACCUUCACAGUUGGAACUCUUCUUUGAGAUUUUCAAGUCCACGAUAUUAUCCGAUUGAAUUUAGUACUAGUGGUACUACAUUCACUUCCAAAAAAUCAAGAACUUCUACAAAUCAUUUAUCUAAACAUACAAUCCAUCGGGUAAGAGAUACUCUUGAUUGUAUCAACAACCUCUGUAAUCGAAGCUUCUUUCUGUGAAAAUUUUUAGUCAUUGUUUGCUUUCCAUAAUGACUACACCAUUGUGCGCCAGACCAACAACAACCCCUUGGUAAUCUUCUUGCUAUGGUCACCCCAAGCCAUGGAAAGAUUUGAUACCACACUUUGGCUAGCGAACCUAUAUCCAUUGAUUUUCUAUGAUCGUGUGUAUGUGAGAAACUAUUAUUUGUAUUAAAAAUACGAUGAAUGAUUGCUUUGGUAAUUGGGGUUGAAGAACAA